AUGCUGCACAGAGUCCCAGAGGACCAGGUGCGGGCAAGCAAGGAGGCUCUGAUCCAGGUGCAACUGAUGAACCAGCGACUGAAAGAGGCAUACAAUGCUUGUGAGGCGCUGCGGACCAAUGUCGAAAGAUCAUGCGAGCUGGGGUCGCAGUACGCCGCCCUGGAGAAUGAGGUAUUAGAGCUGCAAGUGGAUCUGGAGGUCGAGAAGUACAAGAGUGACCACCUUGAAAAGGAGAAGAAAGCCUUGAGAGGUAAAUUUCAACAUCCGACUGCUUGCCAAUUCUUGCUUUUACCCUUGAUCCGAGACAAGGACAAGAUGCUAGCAUUGGCGCAGAAGGAGGCUAGGAUUAAGACCAAGACCGCCGAGGAGGAGCUCGCUUCUGUCGGCAAACUCGAGGAGGAGAUCAAGACCUUGAAGGCUUCUACUGAGGUGGCGAAAGGCGAAGCUUCCGAGUGGGAGAAGAAGUGUAAGGACCAGUCUAGCGUCUUCGAGCAGGAGAAGAAUAGUCUGGAGGAGAAGGUCACCCAACUCCUCGGGAAGAAAGGAGCACUCGAGCAAUAUAUCGAGGACUCCAGCACAGAGAUGAACGAGAAGCUCGCGAAGUAUUGUUCCAACGUGGAGCUGGAAAUCGAGAAUAUUGAGAGGGAUCUGGAUCCCGCCAGGCUGGUUGUCAGGGACCAGGCGGCUUUGGCCUCCUGGAAGAAGUUCGCAGCCCGCUGCGGAGCAGAUGUGGCACUCUCCCUCGUCCGCGGCCACUGCAAGGACGUGAAUGAGGAGAAGCUGAAGUCUCUGAAGGGUGCCAACACGAAGAAGCUUCAGUUCAAGAACUUCAUGAAGACAUUCAUCCAGGUGGCCACUCGGAUCACAGACGAUAUCGAUUUGGACACCUUCGUCGAGCCAGCCAGCCCGCAUCGUGACGAGUGA